AUGGCAACCACGGGCAUGCAGUUGCUGGGCCUAAUCAUGUCCAUUGUGGGCUGGGUGAGUGGGGCGAUAGUUUGUGCCAUCCCCCUGUGGCGAGUCACUGCCUUCAUCGGUAACAACAUAGUGACGGCUCAGAUCAUUUGGGAAGGCCUUUGGAUGAAUUGCAUUGUGCAGAGCACAGGUCAGAUCCAGUGUAAGGUGUACGACAGCUUGCUGGCUCUGCCCAGUGACAUGCAGGCUGCCCGAGGCCUCACCGUGUUCUCCAUCCUAAUCUGUGGCCUGGCUCUGGCUCUGGGGGUCCUAGGAGUCAAGUGCACAAAGUGCAUCGGUGUAAACAGCCUCAAGGCCCGUAUUGCUCGCAUCUCUGGUGCCCUUUUUGCCAUUGCAGGGUUCCUCUACCUUGUGCCCAUCUGCUGGACUGCCCACUCCAUCAUCAGGGAUUUCUAUGAUCCACAUGUGGCGGCCCCACACAAGCGUGAGCUUGGCCCUGCCCUUUACAUUGGCUGGGGGGCAUCAGCCUUGCUCCUCAUUGGAGGAUCUCUGCUCUACGCUGGGUCAAGUCCCCCUGGCAUCCCAGGCUCUCCCACCUUCAGCAGUGGAGAAAGUAGUCCUCGCAGGGCACCUGCCACACAAGUCAAAGGUUAUGUCUAAGUUUCCAAAAUGUCUGAAUGCCUUCAAGUCCCACAAAUAUACCCCAAACGAUGACAAACCUGAUUCAUUUCCUUUUGAUUUUGCUUCUUGUAAUUAUUUUAUAUUUAAUGUUAUUCCAGUUUGCUUUUUUCUCUGAAAAGCUGCAGGAGGCUGUUUAGGGAAAAUUGAACUCAUUUCAUUAUUUCAUAUCCUUCAGUAACCUUUUUUCUCUGUCUGUCAGUGUAAAAUACAAUAAAAUUGUUGGUCCUCCAAAUCCUC